AUGGCCUGCCACACAAACAUACCAUCUGCGAUGUGAAAUACCUUAGCAUCGUCAAACCCAGUCAAACCUCUUUGCGUCCCACCCUCGGUGGUGCCACCUUCUCGUGUGAGCGUGGGGAUAGCCGCGAACUGCUGGUCACUACGAAAUAUUUUUCCUGAAUUACGCCAGGAAAUAAGUCUCAGUGUGCACGAGUGCAGCUUCCUAGAAUCUGUUGCAAUGUCCUCAGUAGCAUCUUAAUCCGUCACAUGUGGAUAGCUCCGCGCGCGAAAAUGCAUCCGGUGGCUGCAGCAUGAAUGCUCAGCAGCAGAUACUGAUGGCCGUCCAAAACGACACAGGACACUGUAAGGCCAGACCCACACAGAACCAUGCAGUCAAAGGACAGCCAUAUGCAGCUCACUUGGUGUCACCACAACAGUUGGUGCUCCCGCUCAAUAACUCACAACAACAGCAGACCAAUGGUAUGAUGGCAACGCAACAGCAAGUCUUUGUACAACAACUGCAGCACCAACAUGCACUACAGGCACAUGGCCAUUAUCUGCUGCCUUCCACCGCAAACACAGCAGCAGCAGCCCCUGCCGCAGUACAGAGUCCUGUAGUGCAAGUGGUGGCAGCCAACGGUGCCAUCUUGACAACUACUUUGUCACAGUUGCCAGCCCUAUCUCAGCAGUUGGCGCUGGCUUCUGCCCUGGCUCCUGCACUCGCUCCCACUAUGACAUCCACAAUUGUGCCAUCACAUCAACAGCAACUACAGGUGCAACAGCAGCAGGCAGCAGUCCAACAGCAGCACCAGACACAACAUCAACAGAUACAACAGCAGCAACUUGAGCAAUUCCAGCAGCAUCACAUGCAACAGCAACAGGUGCAAACACAGCAGCAGCUUCUACAGCAGCAAGCUCAAGUGAACACAUUACAGCAAGCACCAAUGCAGCCGUUAUUUGCGAGCAACUAUGCCGCUGCGCUUGCGGGACAGAUGACGAUGCCGCAACUCUACGCCAACAUCCAUGGACAGCUGGUUGCCAUUUCUCCUCAGAUAAUAGCGCAACCCCUGUUGCAAACGGCAGCCACUUCCAACUUGCUGCAGAUGAUUCCACAACUCAGUGGGGCAAUGCAGCAGCAAUCCACUCUUCAAUCGGAAGCAGGGAUGAGGCCUCACCAACACCUGCCCGACCAAGCAUCAACUGCUCCCUCUAUGGUGCACCAAGAUGGGCAAGAUGAAGAUGAUGAAGAAGAAGAAGACGAUGAUGAUAGACACCAAGAGACAGAAGAUAACCGUCAAUCACUUGACCGCAGUCAAGACUCGCACGAUGCCAUUACUACAAAGGAGGAAGAGCAGGAGGAGCUGUCAUCAGACCAAGCUAAUUGCUGCAGCCCUCAACUGCAUGAACCAAGCAGCAACAAUGAUGAGCUGGUCAUAACAAACACAGAUAUUAUAGACGCUGCUCAGCAGUCGCUUCUCAGCAGAGGUUGUAACGAGACUGUGUCCAUGUUGACACAGACAGAAGUACAGAAAGUGCUUCCUCUGGAAGCUCCCGUGAUGCCGGUUCCUCAGGGUUCCUGUUCCAAGGAGCACAUCCUGCCCUUAGUAUCGGCAACAGACGUUGGCUGUAGCAAACUUGUGCCUGCAGAGUCUAGCUCACAGUUUAGCAACCCACCCUCUCCUGCGACAACAAUCAGUCACACAGACGCCAACACCGUAGAUGGCAUCAAUUUGGAGGAAAUAAAAAAUUUUGCCAAGGCAUUCAAACUGCGUCGUCUCUCCCUGGGACUGACACAGACUCAGGUGGGGCAAGCACUCAGUUCCAGUGAAGGUCCCUCUUACAGCCAAAGUGCCAUCUGCAGGUUUGAGAAAUUGGACAUCACACCCAAGAGCGCCCAGAAAAUCAAACCCGUACUUGAGAGGUGGAUGCAGGAAGCGGAAGAACGCUACAAUGGUAGCCACGACCUCAGCUUCCUGACGGGGAGUGCGGAGCCGGCGAGGAAGCGAAAGCAUCGAACUUCCUUCACGCCUGCUGCUCUCCAAGUGCUUAACAAGUUCUUUGAGACAAGCACACAUCCAUCUGGGCCCGAGAUGACCAGCCUGGCGGAGAAGCUCAACUAUGACAGAGAGGUUGUUCGUGUCUGGUUCUGCAACAAGCGGCAGGCGCUCAAGAACACAAUUAAAAAGCUCAAGACGAGCGAAGACGUCACGUGACAGUCCUCAUCGUAGUACUCUCCCACACCCAAAGUGUAUUAACUUGCAUGGUCUGACUCAUGGCAUACCAUGUAUCUCUUCCACCACACUUUAAAGCCAUCAGGAGGGACAAUGUGUAGACAGUUGCAAAACCCCACAAAAAUGUUUUUCUCUUUAUCGUGAACGAUUUACGAGAUGUACCUACAGUCAUAGAAUAUGUUCCAGUUAUCGAUUCCAGAGUGUCUGCAUCAUAGCACGAUGUAACACAUUACGGGGAAUGCACUCUUGUGUAGCGUCGUCUUUGACUGAAAACAAACAAGAACUACGUGAAUGCUACUGUUGUCCCUCUGAUAAAGCACAUAAUCUGCGAAUGAUUUCGUCACCCAUCAAUUCGAUACAGUUCAUUUGUGUUGAAGGUCAUGUAGGGAGAGAGUGUGGCUCGUCAGUGGUGCCCUUUUCUGCUACUUCAAUAAAUUAAAUAGGACAAAAUAAAACAGCCUAACGCAAGCUAUUUGCUAUAGUAGUGUCCUCAAAAGCAUUCCAUAGAUUCCCUAGUGUAUCAAGUGUAGCAGAAGGCGAGACCAGUACGUAGCUCCCAGAUUUUUUGUAAUCCCCACGACCCAUCAUACAUUUUGUUGAUGCUCUUUCUGAUACCAAAGGCAACGUUUGAUGAUGCUACUGACCUCUCUGAGGCAGGGACUCAUUACCAAUGCGCCGCAUGUCCUCACCACUCGACACAGCGAGUGACAUAUUUAUUAUCUAUAUUCAGAAAUAAGCCACUGGGACACUGUAAUUGACUGUGCCAUAUGACCUCGGCCACCGACAAAGUAGUCUGAAAUAGUAGACGCAGUAUCUCUAGAUUCUGGUACAUAGUAGUCGGAGCAAAAAUGCGCACACAAAAUCAAGCUCUUAACGAACUGUCCAAAAAAUCAGUCGUCGACUGUAUGUGCCAGAGGAUGGCUCUCAGCUUUGCCCUUUUCUACCAUUUUGGGAACAUCUUCUGGUCACUUACAAUCCACGGCUGGUUGUGCUCAACCAGAAAACCACUGAAAAGGCACAUACGAGUAACGCAUGCAGGUAUUUUUUUCUGUUGGGAGAGCGCCAUCGGAGAAGACGAAACAUCGUACGAGGCUCAACUGAAGAUAGGACGAUAGAGAGUCUUUUCGCGUUACGUGCUGUCUAUUUCCUCAGGAAUGCGUUUGUGCAGGUUUGAAAGGAAAAUGGGAGAUUGGAGGGUGCGUCCAUACAAUCGGGAGACUGAACGAAAUUCGAGAGCCUCCGGGAUAAUCCGGGAGGGUUGGCUGGUAUGCCAUUGGUAUGUGUUCUACUCCAUCAGUAUUAUGGUCGAUGCAGGCUGCUUAAAGUAUUACCUCAUUUGAAAGAACAGCUAUUUAAUUUUUAGUGCCCCACACUCUCAAUUUCAUUUCAAUGCUCCAUUUGUACGAAACCAACAUGGCGCACAUUACUACAUCUCGGACGUAGAUGCAUUUGACCCAACACAUUGCAAAUUGUGGAACAGUGAUAAUGAAAUUAACAAAGUGGCAUCAAUCACUUGUGAGACGAAACAUUUUGCUCAUGCUCAAGCAGUGUGUACACUGCAUGUAAUUAACAUUACCCACUGUACACUAUGUAAAUAAAGCAUAAUCAUUUUUUACACGCA